AAGGUGUCUAGUAAAAAAUGAUUUAAAUUUAAAAUAUUACAAUGUUCACGUUUAUAAGUUGAAUAUAUUUUAAAUGGACCUUAAAAUAAAAAUAAUUAAAUCUUAUUCUUUGAGGUUAAAAAAAAAAAACAAACAUUUGUAAAUGAAGUGACUUGUACGAGAAAAUAAUUUAUCAUCUUUUUAUUUAAAUAAUAUAAGAAAAUAGAUAUCAGCACAAACAUAGAUUUCCACGACUUUUGAUGUUGACAUACAAUAUUACAACAAUUCUUGUAAUAUUGCUUUAUGAAAGUAAGCCCUUAUACUCACAUGUACCCGGUUGUACGUACGUAGUUUUAUAUAACGAAUAAGUUUUUAAACCGACGUGCGGAAAGAGGUUAAACUAUAAGCUUUAAAACAUGAGUACUCAAAUAGUGACAAGGCAUUCAAAGCUUGCAUUUAAUAGUUCAAAGCUGCAUUAAGUUCUCGCUUUAUUUCAAUACAAAUGGACCAAAUAUCGGAAUAAAAUGGAUUGGGAAAAUAAUUCAACAAAUUUUACACAAAUUGCAAAAAGUAGAACACCAGAUAUAUUUACGGAAUCUUUCGAUUUAUUGGGUGGAAUAUCAUACAAUUCAACAACUGCUACAUAUUAUGAUAAUACAACAUAUGCUCUAAUAACAGAUAUUCCAUUUAUAAUACAGCCAGAUGAAUUAAAUAAAACUUUAAGAACACAUCCAGCACUCACGUUAUUUACUGGUAAUUUGGAUAAAAAAUAUGUUGAACGUAUAAAUGAGUUUUGGCUACAGUUCUCACCUCCAGCAGAAAAAACUCAUAUGAUAAUUGCAGUUAUAUAUGUACUUUUAACAAUUUUCGGAUGCUGUGGUAAUGCUUUGGUAAUUUUUAUGUUUAUAAGGUGUAAGUCAUUACGAACACCUGCUAAUACUCUGGUAAUAAACUUGGCUAUAAGCGAUUUUCUGAUGAUAGGAAAAUCUCCGAUUGCAGCUUACAACAGCUAUAAUUUAGGACCGGCACUUGGAGAUCUAGGAUGUCGUAUUUAUGGCUUUCUUGGCGGACUAACAGGAUGUGUUUCGAUAACAACUUUAACUGCUAUUUCGAUUGAUAGAUAUCAUGUUAUCGUUUAUCCACUAGAACCAUUACGAGGCACAACAAAAAUACGUACAAGACUAAUACUUUUAUUUUUGUGGACUUACAGUCUUAUUUUUGCGAGUAUUCCAGCACUAGAUAUAGGAUUAAGCCAAUAUGUACCAGAAGGAUUUUUAACAACCUGCAGUUUUGAUUAUCUUUCAAAAAAAGACGAUGCGAAAAUUUUUAUGUUCACUUUUUUUAUUGGAGCUUAUAUACUCCCAUUUUUAAUAAUAUCUUACUGUUACUUUUACAUACUAAAGGUGGUUAUAUCUGCGAAUAGCAUACAGUCAAGCAAAGAUAAAAAUAAGACUGAAUUUAAGUUAACUGCAAUAGUGAGUGGUAUAAUAUCAUUAUGGUUUUUAGCGUGGACGCCAUAUGCUGUAGUAGCUCUAAUAGGAAUUUCUGGCAACGAAUACUAUUUAACACCACUUUGUUCUAUGGUACCAGCAAUAUUCUGUAAAAUUUCUGCUUGCAUUAAUCCAUAUGUAUAUGCUGUUACUCAUCCAAGAUUUCGUUUAGAGUUUCGUAAAAUGUUUUUGGGAGAAGAUAUGUCAGUCAAACGUACAUCGACAUUUCGUUCGUCAACGUUAUCAUCAAUACGUCACCAUAGUGUUAAAGCAGCAGUAUCAGCUACACAAGACCAAAACAUGCAAAAUGCACAAGGCAAUCAAAUUGCAAUUCUAAACAAUACUGAUCCGAUCAAAAUAACUCAAGAAGAAUUAUCUCAUUCAUCAGCAUGUCCAGCUACUGAAUUAGAUCAUAAUUUAACGCACCUUCAAAAUGUUGAAUUAUCCAAAACAGUUAAAUUGUCAAAUACCACAUUUUAACAAACAAACUGCAUUAUUAGCAUAUUAAAACAUAUUAUUUGUAAUGAUAUUUCAAUUUGCACUAUAUAAAAAGAAAAUUGUGCACUGAAGAAUGACUUUUUUAAAAUUUUACUUUUGCCAAAUAGUUUAAUGAAAAGAAUGUUUGUAGGAAUUGAACUUUUAAUUGAAAUCUGAAACUGAGCCCAUAAUUAUCAGUGCACCUAACUGUAUAUUUUAAUAUUGAAAACUUCAGCAAAAUCUUUCACUUAUAGUUAUGAGCGCAUAAGUUUGUAGUGUGACCAGUAUACGACCGAAAAUAUUUUACUUCCCAAAUGAUGUUCAUAUGUGCUCAUAUAUUAAAAUACCGAUGAACUAACACAAAAAGUUGAAAAUGGCGAGCCAUUAUUUGAAAAUGCAAGAUGGAAUAAACACUUUGCGAUAUAAAAUAAAUCCCUUGUAAAGAUAAUUUUUAAAUUUAAAACAAACCUGUUAUCUAUUCGGCAAAAUAUUGUUGAAAAUAUAGCAGCAAAGCAUAUUAAGCUUUGGAAGUUAAUCAAAAAUGAAAUUAAGAUAAAUCUCUCAAUUGAAAUUAAAAAGUGUAGAAAAACAAAUCGAAAUAACUUGCAUUUAACUUACGAGAAAACUGCAUUUCUGCUGACUCUGCAUGCUACAUUUUUGACUAUAUCUAAGACAAUUAUUAAUUGGCAUUAGAAAUAGGACAUAGAAAUUAAGAAUGAAAUGUGAAUUUUUUGCAAUUUUUAGCAUAUUUUCCUAUUUGUUUAACUCAGUCUGCUCACUCGUUUAUGGUGUUUCUUCACUUUUCAAGAUAAAAAGCAAAAUGUUAACGCAGGCAAACCUUAAUUAUUAAGCCACUAUCUCCCUAAAACCAAAUUUUUCGUAUCACCUCACUCUUAGAAAUAUGAAAAAUUGAUUGUCAUAGCAGAAUACAAUGUAUACAAUAUGUCAGGUUGGCCAAUUGACAUUUCAAAUAACUUUUUUUUCAAAUAAUUCUUCGCCAA